AUGCGCCGUGGCAGAAAUAAAAUUAAAUCUAACGAAUCUCCAGGAAACCAAGCUGAUGAUGCUUUAGAAACACUUGCUCCAACGUCAGUAUACUCAUCAUCCUCUCGUAGUCAACCAGAUAUGUCAAAGUUUCGUCCUAAGACAUUAUAUUCAUUGCCAUCGCAAAGUAGUUUAGCAUAUGAAAAACAACUACAACAGUCACCUUAUAAAUAUACUAUUUCUUCUAUUCCUUUAAAGCAUUUAUAUGAAAAUACAGAUAAUGUUAUAAGGUUGGCCAACGAAGAUCGUCUCACGCUCCAGAAUGCAAUGCAAUAUGCAAUGAAUAGCCUCGAGCUUGCCUGUAAAACUAAAAACGCAAUAUCUCGUGUUGAAGAAUCAAUACAAAACCUUGUUCAAAUUAUAACUGGCACUAAUGACAAUAAUGAUGAUAUGACAACAAAGAGAACUAAGAAACGGUUUUUGGAGGAUGUGGCCGAUGUGAUGUUUGAGCUGCUUGAAAUUGAUAAGAAUACAAGUGAUCUAGUAAUAAAAAGUAUGUGCUAUGAUAAGCUCAAAAACAAUUAUUAUGAGAAAAUGAGUCAAGUUGAAAAUUCUCAAGGAGGAUAG